AUGAGCGCCCGGAGCCAGACAUCCGAUGCUGACUGUUAUAUCAAACAUUUGGCCCGAGAAAAUGUCAUGAGAAUGGGUUUGGAGGGUGGAUGCGAUCAACCACGACAACAGAUUGUUUAUCCCGACGACUCCACCAAAAUAUAUAUGCCUAGAGGAACUUUACUCUUCCGUUGUAACGAUCAGUCGGGUUGUUGUCCACAGAAAGAGCACUCAUGUCUGCCCCUACAGGAAGAGGAGCUUAGAGUAGCUUUUUAUAGCAUUGAGUGUAUGGGUGGCGAUAGUAGGCCGACACCCGAAUAUGUAACGCUAAAAAACCAUACGAAAUGUGGAUGUCGUCCGCGACCCGAUGACAGUCUCGGCUACGAUUCACCGCAACGACUUCUCAGUGGUGUAUGCGGUGGAAGUCGUCAAAUGAAAGCUCAACCCCAACAGUAUUCCAAUUAUGGUGGAGGAGGUGGUAGUGAUAGUAGUAAUGGUGGAUAUGCUAGUUAUGGUGGAUAUGGUCAACAGUCUAGUGGAUAUGGUUCACAAUAUGCCGGUUCCCAACAGUCAUCUAAUCCAAUGUCAUCAUCCAGAUCGACGAGUCCGUGCGCCAACUCUAUGUCCAGCGGACCGAUGGUCGACGGACAGGUCAUUAGGGGUACUAUUCGAGUGAUGAUCGGUCCCAAAGGAUUUAUGCCUAACAGACAGCAACAACAGCCCUGUCCUUAUGGAUAA